ACUGAUGGCACACAACCGGAAAGUCCGUUGUUGACACAACAUGUCAAGCAGUUGGCCGAAUUUAUUCAAAUCAGUUGAAUUUCGUGCGAGGAAGCGUUCGGUCUACUCCCCUGAGACAUCAAUUAGCUAAAGCAAAUCAUUUGCAAUGUGCAAAUACGUUUUAAUUGUAGUCGCAAUAAUGUGCCUCCAGCUGCUGCCGCCGCCGACCGCGCUUGCCACGCUGCAUGAGGGCUUUGACUUCUCCAACGUAGACUUGGUCAACUUUCAGUAUUUCAAGAAUCUUGAUUCGCAAGAUCCACGUACAGGUGCCCAGGCUAAUCCAAUAAUAGUGCAUUUCCAGAAAAAGAAAGCCGUUCUAGAUUAUCUGGAACGCCUGUUUCUGGGCAACUCACCUUUUCAACAGCCUACCGAAAUACCCUUCGAUCCUCACUUUGGACGCGCCUGGCGACCAAUAUACGAGAAAAAGUUUGGACGCCGCGGCGAACGUUUAAUAGCCGCACUCGGCUCUGGCUACUCCAUUAAACAGCUGCGACACUUUGGCGCCAUUCCCUAUGAAUAUGGCACGCGCUUCUACAACAGCUGAGUAGAU